AAGGCAGCCAUUUGUAUUGUCCUUAACCCCACUUUUGCUGCAAUCGUCCAAAAAGAUGGCAUGUUAACUGUAAUUAACCCGUCUCUAAGCAGUGAACGCGUCGUAUUCGAUGUCAAACUAUAGCCUGCGACCGAGCAACCAGCAGAAAGACUACCGUCAAAUGGCGCAGACGGUGGACGCGAUCGUGACCCAGAGGGUGGCGCGCUUUCGAGACCGCUGCAAGCCGCCCAUCGCCGAAGACAUUUACGACGAGAUCAUCCUGCUCAUGGAAGAGAAGAUGGAGAGCGGCAAGGUGGCCAGCCUGCUCACCGUCAGCGAAAAGGCGAGGAAGUACUGGAGGACUCACGGGCGCGAGUUUGUGGAUCUGGUGGAGCUGCAAGAGCAGCUCGGUCGACCUGCUAAGGGUAUCCUGCUGACCAACGGCCGUGCGUUGCUGUCGGACUCGCUGGCCGAAGAAGUAAUCCUCAAGUACGUGUCCGAGCACGGGAAAGACUGUCCACAGAGCAUCCAAAAGGAUAUGCAAUCGUUGUUUGAGCUUCCGCUGCCGCUGAUUCAGCACCACGUGAAGCGCAGCAUCAACGUGAAGGUGGGCAAGGACCGGCGCUACAUCCGACAGAAGUUUGAGGAACGGAUGAACGAAGUGCGCAACCAGACGAUCGCAGAGGCCCGCGAGAAGGGCGAUGCGGCCGCCAGCCUCCCCGUGCUGCUCAUCAGGCCGACGCCCAAGCGAAAGGCCAAGCCGAAGAGCCACGCGCAGAAGCUUAGAGACCAAGAGACCAGGACGGCCUACCAGUUCCCUCCCACGCUCGCCAACUGGCAGGAGCACCCCCGCAACCUGAUUCCAGAGCUGUGCCGCCAGUUCUACCACCUGGGAUGGGUGACCGGCACCGGAGGGGGCAUGAGCAUCCGUCUCGGGCAGGAGAUCUACGUGGCCCCCUCCGGGGUGCAGAAGGAGCGCAUCCAGCCCGAGGACCUGUUUGUGCAGGACCUGGAAGAGCGCUUCUUGGCGGGGCCACCCCCACACAAGAAGCUGCGCAAGAGCGAGUGCACCCCUCUCUUCAUGAACGCCUACACCCUCAGGGGUGCCGGUGCGGUGAUCCACACGCACUCCAAGGCAGCCGUGCUGGCCACACUCCUCUGCCCGGGCCCAGAGUUCCGGAUCACCCACCAAGAGAUGAUCAAGGGCAUCAAGAAGGGCCAGUCUGGAGUGAGCUACCGCUACGACGAAGAGCUGGUGGUUCCCAUCAUCGAGAAUGUGCCUUUUGAACGGGACCUCAAGGCAAGUCCCUUCCGUCUAGCACGGCUCGCUUCAGCCACAUGGCCGUGGCUCUUGUACGGCUCCCACUGGCCCUGGAUGGAGUUGGCGGGACCAGGUACGGUCGAGAGUGAUUCUAGACAUGUGCUCUUGCGUCCCCAGGCAAGCAUGAAGGAGGCAAUGGAGCGCUACCCAGACACGUGUGCGGUGCUGGUGCGCAGGCACGGCGUCUACGUCUGGGGGGACACGUGGGAGCGGGCCAAGAGCAUGUGCGAAUGUUACGACUACCUGUUUGACGUGGCGGUCAAAAUGCGGCAACUGGGCAUGGACCCCGCGGCAGCGCCGGGCGGUGCGUGCCCCGUGGGGGACCCGGGGGCCUCGUCCACCCCCGCGACGCCGGAUGCCGCGCUCGACCAGGAGGUCGCACCCGGCCAGCCUUCUACCCUCGCAGAGGCUGUGCAGGUGGCCACAGCAGCAGCUGAAGCUGUGGGAUUGCAGCCGGUGUCCGGCCUUUCUGCACUGGCAGCGGGAGACCUUGCAGCCAGAGACCAGGGCUUUCCGGUGACCCUGGACACCAACAUGGCCACCGAGGGCCAGACCACCUACGUGGUGUACAUGUGAUUUUACUGGGACGUCAGCACGUCGACGUAGGAGUUCGAGGUCAGCGAUGUCCCGAGUCGAGAUCAUUGAGCAACUACCUGGCACACCUCGAGCUUCAUGGAGUCCACUGUCCUCGAGUUUCUGUGCAGUGUUCACGCGCAACCUGGUGCGUUCCACUGGAGGCAGCAGGUGGCGCCUUUUGCACACCCUGCCCUCCCACGUCUGGGCUCGCUCUGCACGUGAAAACAAACUUCUCCAGUGCCGCAAGUGGCGUGUCUCCCGCAAGUGGCGUGCCUCCCACAAGCGGUUCCCGUUUCAUGGGCCUCAAAGAACCCGAUGGACGGAACGGGCGACAGCAGGGGCAGCAGCCACUUCUACGCUGGGGCAGAAAUUUCUGCCCAAUCUACGCUGAAGCGCGAAAUCAGCCAUCUGGCGGAACGAAGAAACGAUCGUGACCCAAGUCUCCACUCCUGCUGUAUUAUAUUUUUGUCGAGACUGCAAAUACAAUUUGCCACUCCCCAUA